AUGACUUUUAAAGGUGCAUACCGCCACCUACUCAUCGAAAAUACAUUUUGGUCUCGUGACACAGUCCUGUUUGAAGGCCUUCACAUCACUCUGACAGAGAUAAAACGCCAAAUCAUGAAGUGUGCGAGACUGAAGCUCUUGUUUUUACUGUCAGAAUACACUGAUGAUGAAGCACUCAUUCCCAACAACACGUCAGUCAUCAUCAGACGGUGAAUCCCUGCUGUUGGGCUGAAAUCCACAAACAAAAGAUUUGUCAAGUAA